AUGGAUAAGAAUGAGAAUUAAUUGAGCGAGCAAAGCUUAGUAAAAAAGUAGAAGAUUAAUAGAUUAAGAGAUUUACAUCAAGUUAAGGAUUUAGAAAAGGAUGAUGUAGAUUAUCUCAUUUAUAAGAUAGAGUAGUUUAAAGGAGACCAUAAUACGCCAUUGAUUGAUCAUUAUACAUUAGAUUUUAUAAUGAUGCUUAUCGACAAAGAUAAAGUUAAUGAAAUAGAAAGAAAGUUUAAAUCUUAAGGCAAAAAAGGAAUUGAUAUAAUUGAUUUUAUUAGAAUUUUAAUUACAUCUAUUGACCAUAAACCUCAUGAAACUAUAUAUAUCACUUUAGCACUAAUUGAUUUAUUUAAAGAGAUAUCUGAAAGUCGUGGAAUGAGCACAACAAUCAGUUUUAAUGAUUUCACUGGGUUUAUUUGUGAUUAUUUUGUAGAAAAAAACAUCACAACAUACCUCUUGCCUACUGUGAAAAUGCCAGAAUAAAAAAAGUUUAACACAAAUUAAAAGUAAAUACGUGAAAUAGACAUAAAUCCUCCUAUUUUAUUCGGGAAGACUGAGGAAGGAAUUAAAAGAUUAAUCCCUAGCUCAAUUGUAACUGACUCUUCAAAACACAAUAAUUAAUAAAUAACUAAGGGAGUUUAUGCAAGUGGUUACAGAAGAAUUAUUACUUUAGAUAGCUUAUCUACUAAUCUGAAAGUAUUUAAGUUAAAUAGUAUUUUUGAGAGAACGAUUGUUCCACAAAGGUAAAAGGACAAAGAAGUUAUAAUCAUGGGAUUUACUUAUUCAGACAGAGAGCAAAGAAUAGGUGCUACUUUAAAGGAUGUUUCCUUGAUAUUUUGGGAUAAAUAAGAUAUGUUUAAAUUCUAAAAAGGCUUUUCAAUAAGUGCUUUUGUUUCUGAUUAUUAGACAAAUAUAUGGUAUUUAAAUAGCACUUAACAGUGGAUAACUACUGAUAAGACAAAUUCCAUCAAUAUUUGGGAUCUAGAAAAAGAAAAGCUAAAGUAAUAAAUAUAAAGCAAAGAAAUUACAGGUAGUAUUAAUGAAAUAGUGGAAAUUACUCACAUAAAAUUGGUUGCUGUUUCGUCUUUAGACAAAAAAGUUACUGUUUGGGAUUUAGAGAAGGAAAAUAUCAUAUUUACAAUUGAUUUAGGACAUGCUGGAAUACACCAUUUACUUUAUCAUUACUAGUAUUAAUGCUUGAUUACAUCUGGUUUUGAAAACUCAAUUAAUGUAUACAGUGUAAAUCCUUAAUACCUUGAUUAUGAUUCUCUAGGUAAGUUGGUGGGUCACAACUCAAUGGUAACCGCUGUUUAGAUAAUAGAUAAAACACCUAUGGUAGUUAGUGCAGAUGAUAUGGGAAAUAUAAAAAUAUGGGAUAUCAGAAGCUUGAAAUGCCUUCAAACUAUAAACAUCGGAUUUAAAACAACAAUGACUCACAUAGUUAAUGUACCAGAUAAGAAUAUGAUCUGCUUACUUGGUACUAGAGUUAAUUUCAUAUCAUUUGAUAACUCUAAUAUUUAAAAAGCAAAUGAGGAUAUAUAUCCAAUCAAGGUUGAGUUUAAUAUGAUGAAAUAAGAAAUGUCAAUUUGUACAAGAAAAGACAUGAGAUUUUUAAGAAUGAAAGAUGGAAAGAUAACCAAAAUUUUUACAGGAUUACUUCAAAAUUAAGAUGAUGAAAUAGCAACUUGCUCAUCGAUUAAUCAGUUUAAAAAUUUUAUUCUUGGCGAUCAUAGAGGUGGUUUAGCACUUUAUUCUUACAAUAAUGGUGAAAGAUUAAAAGAUUUAGUUGGACACUAGUCAGAAGUAUCUUAGCUUAAAAUAGAUUUCCCAAACAAGCUUAUUAUUUCUUCUAGUUGGGAUAAUACAGUCAUGAUUUAAAGAGAAACACCUUCAGGGGCUGAAAUUAAAAGAAUAAUUAAAAAUGCUCAUUACAAUAAAGAAGUUAAUUAAAUGGAAGUAUCUCUUUUUCAUAAUAUUAUUGUUACUGGUAGCUCUGGAAGGAAAGUUUUCAUCUGGGAUUAUGAAUUUGUUAAAUUGAUUGCUUGCAUUGAAAUUGACAAAGGUACUGAACCUACAGGAUUUUUUUUUAUUAAUGGAUAUCGCGUUCUUAUCAUCACAACAAAUUCUGGAAUGAUAUACAUCUUAAAAUUUAAUGUUAAGGAGCUAAAAGCUUAGUUUGAAUUGAUCGGAUACUUUAAUAUAUCUAAUUAUUUAGAAAAUGAGAAUAAUAAAAAAUUUUCAGAUCGUCUAUAAAAUAAGGAUACAGAAGAAUAUGAAGAAGAAAAAUCUGAUAUUUUGAUUUAAAAUAAAAAUGUUUUUUAGUCAAGAAGAGAAAGUUCUUUUACUAACCCUCAAAAUAUAAAUAAUAAUAUCAGCAAUGCUAAUCAAAAUACUAACACUUUUAGUGGUUAAAAUAAAAAUACUAUGGUUAAUUCUUAAUUUUCUACUGCAGUGCAAGCUAAUAUUGAUUAAAUUCAAUUAAACUCAUCCUAAAGUCAAUAAAAUUAGAAUAAAAACUAACAAACAUCAACAUUUGCUUAAGAUAAAAAAAAGAAAAUAGCUAAUAAGCCUAUUCCUCAAAAUAUCAAGGUUGGAUUUUCUAUUUAAGGGUUAGAAAAAAGUAAUUCUUAGUAAAUGCCAAUCGAAAAAUAAGCUUCUCAGAUACCUCUAAAUCCACAAUAAAAUUAGAAAUCUAUUUUUAGGUAAACGAAUGACUCUUAGUUUUUCAGUUCAGAUACAUUUUAAAAAGAAAAAAGAAAAGUUAGUGUUUCACCCAAAAAUAACUUAGAUCUCAGCAACGAUUCAAGUUUAUUUGAAGCAGAUCUACCAUAAGAAUGGGUUACUAAAUUGCUAACAGAAAUUCAAGUUGAUGAAGAAACAAAAUGUCUGAGCAAUUGUUUGUUGUAUGCUGCUACUAACAAAGGAAACAUUAUUAUUUUUAACAUAGAUUCUAUCAUUUAAAAUGAAGAUGUUAGAAUGAGUGAUCAUUCAGUUUAGAGAUUAAACUAUAAUCCGCUUCGUUAAUGCACUGAAGAUUUUUACUCAUAAAUUGAAUAAAUCACUAAAGAAAGUGUUAAACUGCCACUAAUUGUAUAACAAAACAAAAAGAAUUUUUCAUAAAAAGAAAAAAAAGUUGUUAAAAAUUUACAUUUUUGUGCUCAUAGAGAUGUCCUUACUUCUUUCUAAUUUGUUGAAAUGAGUUAGAAAUGUAUUGUUACUAGCUCGUAAGAUUAAUAUGUUAGAAUUUGGACUUUAGAUGGAUAAUUAAUUGGUAACUUGAAUAUUAAUCACCCUCUUCCCAUAAAGUGGGAUGUACUGAUAGAUUAGCAUGAAAAAGUUAAGAAAAAAGUUUUUUAUGCAUUUAAAAUCUUGGACAUUAUGCUUUCUAAAUACAAAUCAGAUUAGCAAUUAAGAAAGUUGAUGUAAAUAGAUGGUUUUAUUAAUAAUUUAUUGCCACCUCAGAAAGACUCAAUCAAGCUUAACUUUUCUGAAAUUAAAGACACAUAUAUUUCAGCUUUGAAGGAUUAGACAAAGGGAGUCAAGUUUAUGAGAGACGAGUACUCUCCUAGAGACCUCAAAUAUGAUGAAAUUAAAUAGUUGUUUGAGAAAGAGUUAAGAGGUAUAUCUCUAAAGCAGAUGGAAGCAAAUAAACGAUUACUUAUGGCAUAAUAGUAGGCUGAUGAAUAAUAUUAAGCUCCAGAAAUAGACAUUCAUGCCAAAAGAAGAAAAUAUGAAGAACAUGAAAUGCUUUAAUUCCUAGCUCCAAACUGGAGAAACAGACUUUUGUAGAAAUAAAUUGAAUAAGAUCUUCACAAAAAUGUCUACUUUUUAGGAAAAAAAUUAGAUCAAAAAAUCAGGGAUAAAUUAAAAAAUUAAAAUAAAACAAGAUUUAGCACAAUGAAUUUUUAAGGAGACAUAAUCCCUUCUCAGGAAGAAAUUAACCCAAAUUUUUAAUAGUCUAGAAAUAGCAAUGCCAGUAAUGCAAUUAUUAAUACUCCUAAAUUAGAUGCAAGAGUAUCUUCUACAAGCAAAUAAAUUAAUAGAUAUUCAGUUUCACCUAGAAAAAAUGAUGACCAAAAUAAAAGCAAAUAAGAUAUAUAAUCAAAUUAAUUCAUUUCGAUAAUUGAGAAAGAGGAAACCCCAUCAAAAACUAAGAAAGGAAGUAAAUUAAAUAUCCAAAUUAAUAACGAUGUUGCUGGAAACUCUAGUGAUCUACAAUUCCAACAAUUAAUAAAUCAGCAAGAGAAAGAAAAGAAAUAGUAAGUUAUGUCAAAAAAGAAAAAGAAAAAUGUAAAUCGUUCUAUGGAUUACUUAGAAUAUGCUUCAGAAAAGAAUUACUUAGAUGAAAGCAUUCUAAAUAUGAAUAGUCAAUAAAUUGGAUCAUUAGCCCAUAAUGUUGUUAAUACAAGGGCAAGCUAUGCUUCUAAUAAUAACAGUAUAUAAAGAAAUAAUUCAAAUUUAUAUUUUAAUUAGUCAUUACAAACAGACCCUGCAAAUAAUUCAGUUGCAAUUUAAUAAUCGAGCAUAAUCUCUAAAAAUGCUAACAAUUCUACUUUAGCUUCUGAAAAAUCAAUCCUACUUAAUCACAGUAUUUCUGCUAAUAAUUUGCAAAAAGCUAAAAUUUAAUUGUUUAUGAAAAAUAUUAAUUCUAAACUGAGAUAAUCUAAAUAUUAACCUGAAAAAAUGUUUACAGAUAGAUAUGAAAAAUAACUUACGAAAGAAAAAUAAAAUCAAAUUGAUGAAUAAGAAUAAAGUUAGGCCAAUAAUGAAAAUAAAGAAUUUUUAGACUCAAUUAUAUCUGAAGCCCUCUAAGACGUUUAAAAAAAUUAAGAUAAUUUAGGUAGUAGAUUGAGUCAAAAUAGUAGUCCAUAAUUAUUUGCAAUAAAAAAACAUUCUCUUUCUUUAAUCAAACCACUACAAUUGUAGUCUAAAACUCUUUUAGAUUCUCUAAGAGAAGAGACACUAAACUUAGGAUCCUAAACAGAUAGACCAUAACAUUAAAAUUCUUAAAAAUAAUUUUAACUUAAACUACCCAGCAUAUAAUCAGGAUUAUCAACAUUUAGAGGUGAAAAUGAUGUGCUAAUAACUUCAAUUAGGAGUGGCAAGUUUAAAAAAAUAAACAAACUAUGA